ACGGGCGUUCUCCACUCACUACUCGUACUCACACAAUCCUCCCAGCUACUACUCUGUACUCUCUUCUCUCUUUGCGCGCGCUCUCUCGCUAUCGCUCUCGUCUCUCUCUCAUUCCCCGCCAACGGUGCUAACAUUUGACCCUGCAUAGCAUAGUCCCCCUCCCAGUACAACAUCCUUGACGUCACUCUUCGAGACGACGCGACCACCAAGGUUCAGGCCCAGAAUAGAUCUGCUCUUCGUUCCGACGUACCUUCCUCACACACAGACUCCCCGCGUUCUGCGCAACCAUCGCUCAUCCUGGCUGGAAACAAGCGACGGAGUUUCUCCAGCUCGGGAGGCCUUCUGAACAGGAUGUUCGGAUCCUCACCUGGCAAAGACGAAGACUCCUCUGCCGUUGAUUCCCCCGCCCCUGCCAGCACCCAAAAGAGCGCCCCAGUUCUGAACAGCGAGGCAACCCCUGCCAGCGAGAAGCGUACCGGCAACGCCGCUGCCCCCUCCACAGAGCGCAAGAACAGCGAGACAAGUCCCGCCGGUGAGAAGAAGCGAAGAAGCAGCGGGGUGUCGCGGGCCAGAGACAUGAUCUCGAGUGCGAAGCAGUCCCUGCACCUGUCCGGUUCUCCCACUCCAGGCUCCAAUUCCGAUAAGCCACAGACGCCCAUGCAAAAGCUUGGGAAGUCGGAUCCCGCGCUCAAUGUCCCCCAGGGGUCGCUGAACAACUCGGCUGGGGAGUCAGUACCUGGACCCCGCUCGACGUUCCGCGUCGGAGUGACCGAGGACAAGAAUAAGAAAUGUCGCAGGACUAUGGAGGAUACUCACGCAUACCUGUACAACUUCCUCAGCACGCCGGCGCCUUCGUACGGCCAGGACAAGGGCAGAAGUUCUCUCUCCGAUUCAGCAUCGAAUCAUUCGGACCCAUCCUCGCAAUCUGUGGUGGAGACUGACAACGGGUAUUUCGCUAUCUUCGACGGCCACGCCGGUACGUUUGCAGCGGAUUGGUGCGGGAAGAAAUUGCAUCUGUUGUUGGAGGACACGAUCCGAAAGAACCCAAACACCCCAAUCCCUGAACUGUUGGACCAAACCUUCACCUCGGUCGACCAGCAGCUCGAGAAGUUGCCCCUCAAGAACAGCGGAUGCACUGCAGUAAUAGCAGUACUGCGCUGGGAGGAUCGCGUCCCCAACUCUCAGUCCUCCACUGGAUCCGUCCUCUUUGCACCAGCGGCUGUGUCUGCGGUGAAGAAUUCUACCGAGGGUGGCGAGGCCAGCGAUGCCACUGCCAAUUCGGAAACGACUGAAUCGAAAGCCACUACUCAAAGUGAGCCACACCCAGCGGAAGCAAAAUUGCGUAGUGACGCAAGCCGUCAGCGAGUUCUAUACACAGCGAACGUUGGAGAUGCUCGCAUCGUGCUAUGCCGGAACGGCCGGGCUCUUCGACUCUCUUAUGACCACAAAGGCAGUGAUGAAAAUGAAGGUCGUCGUGUUGCCAGUGCAGGUGGCUUGAUCCUCAACAACCGCGUUAACGGCGUUCUGGCUGUUACUAGGGCCCUAGGUGACGCUUAUAUGAAAGACUUGGUCACUGGCCAUCCAUACACCACGGAGACGGUGAUCCAGGCGGACCAAGACGAAUUCUUGAUCCUUGCUUGCGAUGGGCUAUGGGAUGUGUGCUCUGACCAGGAAGCGGUCGACCUCAUUCGCGGUGUUCAAGAUCCGCAGGUAGCCUCCAAAAUACUGGUGGACCACGCACUCGCCCGAUUCUCCACGGACAACUUAUCCUGUAUGGUGGUCCGCUUCGACAACAAGGCUCUCAAGCAACGGAAAAACGAGGGUACGAUCGGAGUCGACAGCGACCAGCAGAGCGCCAGCGCGGGUAUCAGCGAGGCGGAUGCUAUUGUAGCCAAGUCAAGAAAGGAGCAAGGCGAGCCCGAGCAGCCCAUUGAGCAUGCUGCCGCCGAAAUAAUCAUGGAGGAGGAAGAGACCGAGCCAGGCCCCGAGCUGAAUGCGGACGCAGUCAAGGCGGCUCAAAAGAACCCUACUUGAACGUGAUGAGGCGCUCACGGCAGAUGUUUAUAUUUCGAGGUCACUAGCGUUUCUUGGGAAUGUG